AUCCUGAUAUACUCUGUACGGUGUGAAUCUCGUGAGUGACGUCAUGAAAAUUUUAAGUCUCGAGUCUCCUCAAACCCUCUUUCCCGCGUUCCUGUGAUAUUACAUCAUUAAAAUGUAACCGAGUUAUUUAACGAUAACUUUUUUUAUUAAUCUUAUUCACAAUUUUGUUAUUAACUUUUUUAUUAAUAAUCAACUGAACUUUUUACUUUAAAUUGCAUAUGUAUUUACCAUCAUAGUGAAAUUGUAAUUUGCGUAUAUAGCGCAUGUAAUAUAAACCUGCGGUGAUGUAAGAAGAAAGGUGAAUUAUUCCCAAGAAUGCACAGUAUCAACCAAUCAUGUUUGAAUAAAUACCAAAAAGCAAAAUGACUAUACUUAUACGGUCGAUUACUAAAAGGUUGCAACACUUUAUUUUUUGAAAUAGAUUUUGAAACGCAACCCCGCUUGUAGGGCGGUUGUACGUUAUUGAUUAAAUCCAUAAGUGAAAAUCAAUCUUCGACGAACAAGCUACGUUUCGACACUCAAAAAGUGUUGCAAAAAAAUUUGCAACCUUUUAACAAUGUAUAUAUUAACACAUUAGAUCGUUUUUCUAAAUAUAAUUGGCUGCUUUAUUGUUUACUCUUACCUUGCAUGCGCAAUGUUUUAUCCCUUUCUUCUUACAUCAUGAUGUAAAUACAAAUAUACGUAUCGCACUCUAAUUUAUUGCACCAGUGUAGCAGUGCAGCGAAAGCAAACUGACCUUCCAUUUCGAUUUCGCUUGUUUAACCUUGCUUCGAUAUGCAGUCUCGUGACAAAUUGUCGAAGUUACUGUUUAAUUGCCCCAAAAAUGUGCGAUGAACUUCUAGAAAAGUCCGGGGAGAAUCAUACCGAGAAAGUUUCCGUCGACGGGUCGUUUGUCACGAAAAAGAGCUCUCUGGAAUUGAUCGGAGAUUCUUAUUGUGCGCCAGGGACUUCUGCAAACGUACGGUUUUCAAUCGUCUAUCCAAAGGCUAAUUUGUAUUACGCUUUUGCCGAAGAUGUACAUCCGACGAAAAGAAUCGCCGCCGUUUCUGAGCUUUUCGAAAAGGGUGAGCUUUUAUCGCAAGCUUUGCCUCGCGACGAACUUUUUGCGGAUCAAGAUCCUUAUUUGAGAGACAAAGCUGUUAAUCACUAUCUUAGAACUGACCCACUGAGUUUCAUUAUUUUCGGGAAACCUGGAUUAGAUCAUGACAACGUGGCAUCGGCGAUAGCUGAUGCCUGGAACUGCGCUUUAAUUUCACCCACCACGCUAAUCCGAGAAGAGAUUGAUGCCGGGACUGACAAGGGCCGAUACGUGGAUAAAAUUUUACGGCUCGGUAAAUCUAUAGGGCCGGAAAUUCUUAUGAAUUUGAUGCGCCGCAGAGUCCGGAUGAGAGAUGUCAAGCACAGAGGUUACGUCAUUGGCUGUUUACCGUUUAUUUCUGGCGACGUUAGCUCAGAUCAUUCCUCGUACUCCAGUCCUGUCUUGGAUGCAAAUGGCAUUUGCUCAGAAGAGUGCGAAAACGCGGCAGUUAAAUCCCACGAAGAUCGGGUGACACUCGAUAAUUCAGGUUGCAAGAAGCAAUUUGAUUAUCAGCGAGAAGUUUCUCGACAGAUCGACGAGGUAUUUGCCGUAUGGCCGACAAGACCUUUGAUAAUUAUUUAUCUCGUGUGUCCGAAGCAGGAUGUCGCGGGUGAAUAUGCGCGCCAGCGCGCGAGCCGUCUCGCAGGCGACAUUUUUGACGAGAACAAGUUUACGCAAUCAUCUGAAUCAAAAUACGACACCUCGGAAUCGGACGGCUCGUUCGAGUUCUCUCAAAUUUUAAACGAAUCUGAUCGGGGAUUGGUGAGGUUAAUAUCCGACAAUAUUGAGGUACAAUGUGAUCUUUAUGAACGAUUGGCGUUGCCAGUAAUCGACAAGUGGAUCCUCUCGCAUGAUCCUCAGCGUGUAAUCUGCGUGGACGGUCGCAGCUCCGUACAACGAAUACUUCAAAUCCUUGAAACCCGCUUGAAUACUUUGGCAUUACCGGCGAUUCUUCCGAGAGAAAUGACCGAACGGGGCAACGACGCGCGUUUUCCAGGAACAUCUCCGGAGAUGAACCUGAGCGACGAGUUCGCGAAGGAAUCCGCUGAAGAGGCUUUCGUGAUUCUCAGGCGGAGGGAAGUCGUGUCUCUCAGAUUCCCCUGGAGACUUUCCGCGUGGAAGUUUUACUGCCCUGUCGAGCUGGCUCAAGGACGAACCGUUGAGGGACUCCCACGGCACGCGGUACGAUUUCUGGAUAGGCUCUUUUUCCUCUCCUCUCGGAAAGCCAAGGACCUGUUUAUCGAAAAUCCGAGAACUUUUUUAUUGCCGCCGAAUCCGCGGCCGACCUGCAAGAUGGCGGUGUUUGGACCGAAAUACGCCGGUAAAUCGGUACUUAGCGCAAGAUUGGCGGAGGUUUUCGGCGGAACGGUGAUAAAUGUCGGUGAAAUUGUGAGCGAUCUGGUUAAGCAGCGCGAAAAUUAUGUGUUGCACGAGAAUGAUUCGAAUAUACGAGACUCGCUGAAGCUCAACGACAUAGCGAUCGACGAGAAGAUUGACAUUAUUGUACAGAACAUCAGGCGAAUACCUGAUGAGAAGUUAGAAGACGAGCUUCGAAGAGACGGCGGAUACGUUGUCGAUGGUAUGUGCGUGGAUGUUGAAGUCUGGCGAAAAAUCGUUGAGGCUAACAUCGCUUUCGAAGACAUCAUCGUUUUGUUUGAAGAAGAGCCGUACGCCUACCUAGUGAAUAAAUUCCGCAUCUCCUCUUGCUUUGAUGAUUCUAUAGAAGACAUGGAAGCGGAUCGCGAAGAAGAACGAAGAAUAUUGCAUGAAGAUGCGGAAUGGGAGUACCUUGAACAUUUGACGCGAUUUGAAUCGGAAUGGACGAAGUUCGAGGGAGAAAUUCCUGAAUUUAAAGGAAACGUGAUAAAGUGUAAUCUCGCGGCUGUCGAGGAUGUAGCGGAAUACGUGAUAAGUCACAUUAAACGUCGUUUCGAUGUCGUAACUACCGCUGCGAACAUCGGGGAGGAAGAUAAAACGAAUGAUACGUCGGAAGAGACGGCAGUGGAGAACGAGGCAAAUUUCGCCGAUAAAAAUGCCGAAGAGGGACAAGAGGAAGGUCUCGCGUAUACCAUCGAUCUUACCACAGCCGAACGACUUCUCGCCUGCGGCUACUACUUCCUCAGCUCCUUCGGACGAUGGUGUCCCGUGCAAAUGUACAGCGGCGCGUUGCCAAUUUCAAUGUUCCUGCCGAUGAGAUCCCGCGGUCAGAUCUUUCCAGUCGUACGAGGUCCUUAUGUUUAUUUCCCUGCGGGCGAAGAGGCUCUCUCCGCAUUUCUGAACGAGCCCUCGAAGUAUCUCACACGGAGGGAUCACCUCCAUGCUGCCCUUCCCUUCCCGCUUCUUCCGCUUCGAAUCUCCAUCAUCGGGCCGCCGAAAUGCGGAAAGACAACGUUGGCUGAUCGCUUCGCGAAAACGUACGGCAUGAAGGUGAUCACUCGCGGCAAGGCGUUGCGCCAUAUGUUGAGGUACUACCCUUGGACCGAAUCGGCACGAACAAUCGAGGAUCAGCUCCGAGCCGGCCAGUCCGCUUCGAUCGAAUCUGUGGCGCGUGCCGUUCAAAUGCUCUCCAUAGGACCACGCGCGGCAACUCAGGGCUACAUUCUAGUCGGCUGUCCCUCGAAUCGUAAGGAAACCGAACAAUUAACUGUCUUAGGAAUACAACCGAUGAUUGUGCUUGAUCUCAAGGCGGAUCUGGAGUUCUGCCUCGAGUGCCUUUCUCGGAGUAACGACGGCACGAAGAGUCCGUUGAAGCUUCCCGCCGGUUUGCUGUCGCGACGCUACGAGGCCUGGCAAACGGAUCAGGCGAGUUUUCGAGACUGGCUGAAAGAAUUCUCGCGGAACGUCGUCGAAUUGGACGCAACCAAGAGUAAGUGGCACGCGUGGACUCGCGCCGAUCACGCGGUACGUUCACGAUUUGCCGAUAUCUCGCUUUACUUCCGCGAAGCGAACCUGGACAAGGUCCACAGUCUAAGGCAUAUGUGCGUGUCACCGUACGAGUUUCGAUCGCGGCAGAGCCGAUUCGAGUCGUAUUGUCCCGUUUGCUUGUUCCGCGAAAACACGUUGAAGAUGUUGGCCCGUUCAUCGGCGACCGGUCAGGGAAUGGUCCAGUUCAGGGAAUAUUUCUACUGGAUCUGCCCGCGACACGUGGACGCCUUCGUUAAGGACCCGCUGCCUUAUCUUUCACCCGUUACCAUGUCUCUCGUCGACGAACGACCUCGGAUAUUGCGAGAGACAGUCGAUAGAGAGCACCCUUGUUGGGCGCGUCGUCUCCAGGUCGACGGGCUGUGUCUGGUAACGUACGUCGAUGGCCUGCCGGAUUGUAAACUGACGCCGGGCAGAGUCGACCUGGGUGUUAUCCUCCAAGAUAAGGUGUAUCUCUUCUGCGGCGAGGAGUGCCGCGAAAAGUUUCUUGCGCAGCACGAUAAAUACUCCGAGACGGUUAUCGCGUACCCUCGCGAACUCCCGCCGACGGGGGAGGAGUUGCCACGUCUGUCGGACCUGGAUUUCCUAAAGCAAACGGUGGCGAAAAUGUUGAUCGAAGCGACGACGCUGGUAGCCGCCCGUCGUCCGAAGAUAUUCGGCCUGUCAGCGGAUGUCAGCGCGGCGAUUUGCAUCGGCGUUCACUUGAAGACGCGCAACCGCGUGACCGAGGGCGCGACCGAGGUGGAUAUUUACGAGGCCGCGAGCAAGCGAAUCGCGGGGCGAAACCGAAUUAUAGAGAUCGUCACUGAUACCAUGAAGAAGAAGCUCAAUCCCUAUGUAUACGUGCCAGAAAUUUCCGAUUAAAUAUCUCAUUAUCGUCGUACGUUUAAUCAUAAUUAUAAUUAUAACCAAGUCGUUGAAUAUCUGUAUGUUUUGUUGUUAAUCGCCCUUGCAUCGUCAAGAAUUCAAGCUAUCUGAUUUUCUUUUU